UUCUCAGAAAGUUUACAGUGUGCCAGAUCCAACAUUGGAUUUUCAAUUGAUUCCUGAUUAGGAAAAAAGAAAAUAUUUAUUUUUGUUAAAAAACAAUUAAUUACGGAAGCUUCUUUUCCGCCAGAAAAAUAUUCAAACUUUGGUUGAAUUAUAUUUAAUGUCCUUUUUGAAUCAUCAUCUCCCAUUAAAAGAUUAUUAUUUGCAUCUGAACAUUUAUUUAAAUGUUUCAUCUUCAAGCAGUCUUCUUUUGUGACUGCCAAAUCGAUUUUCUGAAUAGGAGAAAUAAUUUUAUAAUUUAACCAGUUUGUAUAAUAGGUUAAUUUUUCCAUUACUUUUGUGCAGUGCCAUCCCGAAAUUGAUUGAGUGGUAUCUCGAGCUCUAUAAACUUCCAGACUCACAUCUUUUAUCGUUUGUCUUUCAUGAACAAACAGUUCUUGGCAAUGCUCCGUUGGAUGGCCUAUAUGAUAUAUUUUAGAAUUAAUGCCAUGUGGGCAUAUCAUUGGUUCAUUACCUUUUAUUAAAGGAACAAACAAGACGAGUCCAAUCACCAAGAUCAUGAUCAUAGAGACAAAAGAAAGUCUAUCUACGAUAUUGAAUCGUCUGGUGUUUCUGAUUGGGCUAAUAUCCUUUGAAUAAUUACUUCCUCUCCAACCUCGGUGUUGUCCUCUUUUAUAAGAGUUGGAACUUCCUCUUUUAUAAGAAUUGGAGCUCCCUCUUGAUGUACUUUGAUGGUAAGAAUAAGUAUUAUGAUUUUUUAAGCUUUGCUCUUCAUCUUCAGAUUCAUCAUAAUAUAAUUUAAUAUUUUUUUGAGACAUUAAUCGAGGUUCUAUUCCUUUUAAUUUUUCAACUAUUCCAUCAAUUCCUUUUGUUGUUAUUGUUCCUUCAUUAUUGAUUAAUUUCAUUUUAAUCGCUUCUUUGCUUCCAAUUUCGUUGGAAAUAUAUUUACCACCUUUUGUUGUCCUACCUUUAUUUUGAAGGUAGAUAUUAAUUUUUUCCCAAUAAUUUAUAGCGUUGAUAUUAAAGGGCGGCGGUAAUAUUAUUGUUGUUCCGAUUUUUUC